GAAGAAGAGCCGGAAGCCGUGGUGUUUACGUUUCAAAAGCCCCCGAAACGUAUGGACGGCCUCGCGAAAGCGGUGCAGCCGUUGUGUUUCCGCGCGGACAUGGCGCGGCACUGAAUGAAACAGCUCCGCUUUCGCCGGCAUUUCCGGGCCGACUGCGAGCGCGCGCCCGAAACCGAUGGGAUUGUUGAGCGGCGGGGAAGCAGAGAGGCGGGAAGAGCGAGCGAAACGUCGAAGCGGUUCGUGAGACUGACUGACUGACUCGAGCGGCUCGGAUUUUUAUUAUAUCUCCGCCUUUUUUUUCAGCGGAAUACGGCGCUGAUUAAGUAAGACAUACGAUACGCUCAUGGAGGACCAAAAGGAGAACAUCUGUGUGGAAGACGCCGACAAGAAGAAGUCGUGUGCUGAGUCCGAGAAGGAAGAGAAGCCGCGUCAGGUCAAGCCGUGCGGCCCCGAAGGUGACAGCGAAACCCCCAGCCCGUCCGUCAGGAGCGAGUUCAGCGACCCGGUGUACAAAGAGAUCGCCCUGGCUAACGGACACAUCAACCGUAUGACGAGGGAUGAGCUCCGGGGCAAGCUGGCAGAGUUAAAACUGGAUACCAGGGGCGUGAAGGAUGUGCUGAAGAAGCGGUUGAAGAGCUAUUACAAGAAACAAAAGCUGCUGCAUUCAGCAGAGAGCGGGGAAACGGACACAUACUAUGACUACAUCUGCGUGGUGGACUUUGAAGCAACUUGUGAGGAGAACAACCCACCUGACUUCCUGCAUGAGAUCAUAGAGUUCCCCAUAGUGCUGAUCAACACACACACGAUGGAGAUUGAGGACACAUUCCAGGAGUAUGUGCGGCCAGUGCUGAACACGCAGUUGUCUGACUUCUGCAUAAAGCUGACUGGGAUAUCCCAGGAAACUGUAGAUAAGGCAGACCCUUUCCCUGAUGUCCUUCAGAGAGCUGUAUUGUGGCUUCAGGAAAAGGAGCUUGGAAUAAAGCACAAAUAUGCUGUCCUUACAGAUGGGUCUUGGGACAUGAGCAAGUUCCUUAACAUUCAGUGUCGCGUGAGCCAAAUCCGGUACCCCCAGUUUGCCAAGAAGUGGAUCAACAUCCGCAAGUCUUAUGGGAACUUCUACAAGGUUCCCCGGAUGCAGACCAAGCUUAGCAGCAUGCUGGAGAAUUUGGGCUUACAAUACGAGGGCCGCCCUCACUGCGGUCUAGAUGACUCGUGCAAUAUUGCACGCAUUGCCUUGCGCAUGCUGCAGGAUGGCUGCCAACUGCGGGUCAACGAGCGUAUGCACGCUGGCCAGUUGCUCAGUGUACCCAGCUCUGCCCCUGUGGAAGGAGCCCCACCUCCAUUUAAUCCACACAGUAGAAACUAACUGUGCCCACUGCCAUUCCCUCCAGAAUCUACUCUGGUAAAAUCAGGAACAGAAAUAUUUUGCCUUAAAGAGUGAGGAGUAGGAUUUGACAUUGGUUGAUUAAUACAUUUUCUCUUCAGCUGUUUUUAUCCAUUUGUCUAUUUUUCACCACAUGGUAAUUAUCCACCCCCCAUCCUCCAGGACUGUACUAGGGACUUGCCCUGUGCAAAUGUAAAUGGCAUGUAAUUGAUUGAUUGACAUGAUUGAGUGAGACAGUGGGCCAAACUUUAGAUUAAAAGUCUUAUGUUUUAAUGAUGGUUUGUAAUGUUUUCAGACAUUGGCAGCAAAAAUGAACACAUUUGGUUCAAAAGCAGUUGUAUUUGCAAGUGAACUUUUUGUGUAUAAGACCAAUUGCUGCUGGCUGUUUUACUUAUUUUCAAAACACAGUAAAAAAAAAAUUAACUUGAAUUGACACACUGUAGCAGUACAAACUGUUGACAGUGUGACUUUAUGCAACCUGAAGUAUGACAAGAGUAGAGGACCCCCCCCCGAGGCACUUUCCUUUGCCUUGUGCUCAGCUUCGCUACUGGGCCACAUCGUGAUGCAUGUAGUAUCCUUUGGAAUUCAGGACUUGCAGUGGAACUGACAGACUCAGCUUCCAGAUGUCAUUGUAGAGUGAAUCUCUCCAUCACUUGUUUGAAGAGCGGUGCUUUCCAGUAGGAGCAAACUGUUUCUACCUCCUGUCAAAAUAACCAGAUAGUAUGUUAUAGUGUAAUUUGGAAACCUAAAUGCAGGAUGUAUAAAAUUACUUUUCAGACUCCAAGAAAAUUAAGUAGAGCAGGACAAUAUGGAGGAGCUCUUCAUGUUCAAAAGAAGACACAGGACACUUUAGUUGUGUGUGGAACUUUGGGUAAUAUAUUUAGGCAACAUCAUCUUGCUAGAAGGGUUAAUGCUGUUUGGAUAAUACAAGGACAGAGAGGCCCCAACAGGUGCAAGUUCAAACUUUGUGUUCUGCAGAUGACGGCAGGUCGAAACUGGGUCAGGGUCAGGAUGUAAACAACUCCAUGGUCUACCUGCUGCUUGUCAGCGUUGGUACAGUUUGCAAUAUAUCAGGUGUGACUUAUAGUUUCUGGGUUAAAACAGCAGAGCACAGUCCUGGAAUUUACAUUUAUUCA